AUGUCUAGCCCCUCAAAGGUAUUCAAUAAUCCUCUGUCAAGCCCAACGAAAGCGCUGAACCCUCUUUCACCGGAGCGCCUGAAUCAGCAGGCGUUUCCCAACUCACCAACGUUACCUAAUGACGUACGCAAUAUGCAACGGAAGCCUAGAGGUUUAUCGGAUGUCCAAGCCAAGGUUGCGUAUUUGAAUAAUUUAUCACGAGGGAACAGUCCAGCAGCGCCGUCAACACAGUCAUCUGCCGGAAACUCGGCGGCGCUUCAACGUGCCAUUCUAGGCCGUGAGGAGGCGGAGUCCGCACUGGCCAAUGUUUCUGCUCAACUCUCAGAAGCCCAGUCUCGUGAGCGUCGCAUCAGUGAGAGACUCGAAUCGUUGCUUGAAGAACUACAAACUGCAAAGACACGACAAGCCCACGAAAGAGCAGUAUUUGAGAAGGAAAUACGGAAAGCAAGAAAAGAGGCUUUUCGUGCAGGAUCUGUAUUGGUAAAAGCUCAGGAAGAAUUAAAGCAGGCGAGAUCUGAGGCCAAAGUAUUAAAGGAUGAGCUCCAGUCAGAGCGAGAAGCGAAAGAAAAGGCGAAGCAGGAGGCGUUCGAGCGCGCGUACACACUCGCGGGUCUGAUGGAGGAAAUGGAGGUAUUGAAAGGACGCUUGCGAACGGCAGAAGCGAACAGCCAUGUGGAUACUCUAGAAGCACGUGCCCAGGAGAUGCAGAAAGGAGAUGUUGGAAGACUAUCACUAGCAGAAGGCGACCUUGCAUUCCUCCAAACGCCUACGCCUCGAAGACCGAAACGAUCGGCAGAAGAAUCCGAUGGCACGCCAUUGCAAAGCCGUUUCAACCAUUCCGUUGCCCAAGACACUCCUCCAAAGAGGGCAAGGGUCUCCGAUGUUACACCUCGGAACGAAAUCCAGAAUUUGGAUUCGCCGGAAGCGAAAGGCGACGAUAUUCACGAAUUACAAAUAAAGUUAGAAUCUGAACGACAGCUGAGGGUCAACGCGGAAGAUAUGAUAGAGUUCCUGAAAGUUGAAUGCAUGUUCAAACGAUGCACUUGUCGUAUCGAAGAAGAGCGAGAAAAGAGCCAUAUUCAAGAUACGACACAACAUGCAACCAAGAAACCCGCUGGCCCCGGCGAACACAUCGACAAAGAUGAACAUGCAGGCACCAAACCGCGUGUUGAAAAUUUCCCACUUUCUCCCGGUAAAAGUUCUGGUCAUUCUAUCGAGUCCGCUGAAGAGCCUGAAACAGAAGAUCAGCCACAGACAGAGGAAACUACUAUAACAUUCUCACCUGCCACUGGAACUUUUCAUACAAUUCCAUCUCCUGUCCGAAGGUCACCAACGAAGAAGCUGGAGCAUGAUAUUGUAGAGCUUCCUCAGCUUAUCACUGAGAACCAGUCGACCCCCCAACCACAAGUCACUAGCCCACUUGCGAAGUACGACGUACCAUGGGACGAGACACCUUUUGAAACAGUCCAUGAGAUCCAAGCCCGUGCUCCGCUCUCCCCCUCUAAGGUCCGUCCUUCACCCGCUACUAGUGACGUGCCAUGGGACUCUGAAGUACCUGAGCAACAUCGGUUAGAAGGCAAUGUUGAUGGGCAUGAUAGCAUCAGGAGAAUACCAUUGCGGAAUGAAAGCGUGGAACCAGACCACUUGCUCGGCGUCCCGGGAACACCUAUUGACCGAGAGGAAGCCUGGCACAGAUCCGGGCAAGGCGGGGCCGAACCAACAAUAUGA